AUGGCCUGAGCGGCCAUGUCCGGCGUGGUGCGGACGCUCAGCCGCUGCCUGCUGCCGGCCGAGGCCGGCGGGGCCCGCGAGCGCAGGGCGGGCGGCGGCGGGGCCCGCGACGCGGAGCGCGAGGCGCGGCGGCGCAGCCGGGACAUCGACGCGGGGCUGGCCCGCGAGCGGCGCGCCGUGCGGCGCCUCGUCAAGAUCCUGCUGCUGGGCGCGGGCGAGAGCGGCAAGUCCACCUUCCUCAAGCAGAUGCGCAUCAUCCACGGCCGCGAGUUCGACCAGAAGGCGCUGCUCGAGUUCCGCGACACCAUCUUCGACAACAUCCUCAAGGGCUCGAGGGUCCUUGUCGACGCCCGAGACAAGCUGGGCAUCCCUUGGCAGCAUUCGGAGAACGAGAAGCAUGGAAUGUUCCUAAUGGCCUUCGAGAACAAAGCCGGGCUGCCCGUGGAGCCGGCCACCUUUCAGCUGUAUGUCCCUGCCCUGAGCGCGCUCUGGAGGGACUCUGGCAUCAGGGAAGCCUUCAGCCGGAGGAGCGAGUUCCAGCUGGGUGAAUCAGUGAAGUACUUCCUGGACAACCUGGACCGGAUCGGCCAGCUGAACUACUGCCCUAGCAAGCAGGACAUCCUGCUGGCGAGGAAGGCCACCAAGGGCAUCGUGGAGCAUGACUUUGUCAUUAAAAAAAUCCCUUUCAAGAUGGUGGAUGUGGGUGGCCAGCGGUCUCAGCGCCAGAAGUGGUUCCAGUGCUUUGACGGGAUCACAUCGAUCCUGUUCAUGGUCUCCUCCAGUGAGUACGACCAGGUCCUCAUGGAGGACCGGCGCACCAACCGGCUGGUGGAGUCGAUGAACAUCUUUGAGACCAUCGUCAACAACAAGCUGUUCUUCAACGUCUCCAUCAUCUUGUUCCUCAACAAGAUGGACCUGCUGGUGGAGAAGGUGAAGACCGUCAGCAUCAAGAAGCACUUCCCGGACUUCAAGGGCGACCCCCACAGGCUGGAGGACGUGCAGCGCUACUUGGUCCAGUGUUUCGACCGGAAGCGGCGGAACCGCAGCAAGCCCCUCUUCCACCACUUCACCACCGCCAUAGACACCGAGAACAUCCGCUUCGUGUUUCACGCUGUGAAGGACACCAUCCUGCAGGAGAACCUGAAGGACAUCAUGCUGCAGUGAGGGGGCCCCUCCCCGCCGUGGCCGGACGUGCCCGCCGCCCGCCGGCCAGGGGCCGUGCCGCUGCGACGUUAGCUACUGAAGCCUGGGGGCUGGUGCAACUACUGAAAGCCCAAGCGGCCACGCUGGUGUUAAUGCGGAAUGCCUGGUAACACAGCUCGCUUUCCUCUUACAGAAACUGUUCCUUUUCUGACACAGUUCAGCCGAGGACCACGUGUGUGUGCGCACACGCACACUCAUUAAUGACAAACACAAAACCCAUGGCUUCGCAGAUGGCUUUUCUCCAACUCAUUAGUCCUCAGUAAGGAGCGUUGCCUGGUGACAGUUGUAGGCACUGAAGUUCAUGCCGAGCUCAGAGCCCCCGCACCCACACCCCCCCAGCCGCGGGGCCUCAGCGCCACCCCCAAGGGGGCGAGCUGCCUUUUCAGCCUCCUGUGCCAGUUUCCCGAGAGGCCCCGACCCCGGAUGUACAGGAAGUGAGUGAGCACUCGCAGGUGUGGACUUGCCUUAAUGCCCCCACCGUGUGUCACAUUGCCCUGCGACACACAUGAUGCUGACGGUGAAUGUCCCCUCCCCUCGCCCACCCGCCCCGACCCCGGCAGACUUAAACCAGCUGGCCUUGCAGAUGACUCUUCUUCUCUGGAGUCGUCUCCCGACACCUGCAGUAGGCUGCAGGGAGCUUUUCCCUCUCCGGAUGUAGCAGGUUGCCUCUUGUCCUCUCAGGGGCUCCUGGGAGCCGGCCGGAUUGCCAGCAGAGCCCUCGUUAACGUCCCAGCCACCCGGUGACUUGCUACACACCUGACCUCUCGGCAGGCCCGCAGACCCCGGGGAAACCCGAGUCCUCCGCACUGCCCCUCCGCCAGUGCCUUCUGACAGCCGGGCCGCUCGCGGCCGGCCCCGAAUCCAGAUUCGGAUCCAGGUCUCUUGCUUCUGUUACCGCACACACACGACAGGCCAGCGCCGUCGGACGUGGCUCUUCUCUAGUGGAAUAGCCGAAGGCUGGGAAUGUGCACAUGAGCUGGUCAGCCUUACGCUCAGCCAACUGUCCAGGUGUCUCUCUGUGUCUAAAACUACAUUGCAUUCCGACCUGGUCGCCGCUGUGUGGGACUCUGCUGAAAGGUCUGUCCUGUCUGGCACCUUUAGGGCUUUUCCCAGCAUGUGAAAGAGAAAAGGCGCCCUCUGUCAGUGGUACCCGGAUGUCGCUGUGGUCUAAUAACAUCCCUAGGCCCCGUCCUCGGGCCACACUGUUCCCGGUCCUCGCUUGCGCCCCACCAGCCCCACAGUGACCUUGGCAGACGUGACCCAGAGGAGAGGGAGGAGGAAGGCCUGCUCCGGAGUCACCCUUGUUAUCAGCGUUUCAAUGAGGAGACGACGUGAAGCCCUCUUUCCCUUCAGUGCUCAAGGCUUCCUGUUGACGGUGGCUGGGGCUUCCGCUGGCCCCUUGGCUGGAGGAGACUUGCUGUUUUUGUCUUGCUUCCUGUGGCCCUUGAUAACCUGGAGGAGGGCACGGCCCGGGACCAGGGCCGACGACCACGGUUGAAGGGGAAAGGACGCUCCCAUGGCUCUGCCAGGCAGGUCCGAGGCCCCGUCACCGUCCUGCGGAGGGUGGUGUGGGCGGCCCGUGUCGCUGCCGGGGCUCUGGGUGGCUCACGUGCUGCUCACCGCCUUGGAAACGCUCUCCGGGGCCCUGGUGGAGGGGGCGGCCCUGCGGGCGGCGUGGCCGGUGGAGACGUUUGAGCGGCUUCCCGGCGGGUUGGGGCAGCACGGCGGUGCGCGCUGUUUGUCCCUCAUGUGGUCGGACUCGUUUGCUGGUUCGCGUUCAGACCUGGACGCGGGCAUGUCAUGAGAGGCCAUGACGGUCGAGCGGGGCGGACCCCGGGCCCGGGUCCCCGCCCAGCUCAGAGCUGACCCGCUCUCCUCCUGUCAGGGCUGAGCAGGUGACUCAGAAGGCCCUGAAGGCGCCCGCUCCCCUCGCCCUGACUCCUCGUCACUGGAGGAGGAGAGCGCGGUCUGAAGGCUCGGCUCGGCCCGUCCACGGCGGUCCUGCGCGCAGAGCGCAGCCACCUGCCCCCCAGGCCUGGGGCUCCUGUGUUUUAACUCCUCUGUUGUCCUUGCCUGUUGUCUUUCUCGCUGAGAUGCUAGAGAAGCGGGGCACAGUCGCGCCUCAUCUGUUACUGCAAAAGAGCAACAAUAAACUCCCUCAGACUAGGCAUCUCCUCGCUGUCACGCUGCUUACACGCGAGGCGCGUGCACGCUUCUUAGCUGAGGUGUUUUUCUAACUCUUCUGUUUGUAGAGAAAUUGUUUCAGAGAUACUGAGUCAUGGCUCUGUAACUAGAGACCCCUAGACGCCUUAUUUCAUUUAUUCACUUCCUUGAUAAAAGAAAAGUGAGUCAGGUAAUUUUUCACUCCAAGAAAUAAUCUUGAAACAAGACUGUCUUGACAGACUAACUCAGGCUCCCUGGGAGCAGACGCUGCCCUGCGUUGAGCACUGGCGCCUUCGGGAUGGGAGUGGUUGGGCGAACUGCUCAUGAGUUACACUUUGCACAACAGGUCAGCAUCAGCAGGAGGGGCCAGUUUGAUGAACUGACCACUUCCAGCCUCUGGGUGUUUAUUAAAAUACAUCCUGAGUUUCUCUUUGCUUAACAUCACUCAGCAGCCACAGCCAACGUUAAGUUCACCCUCCAGCCCCCGGGCCCAGAGCAGAGCGAGGGCUCUGACCCUGAUCGUCCUUGAAGGCUCACCAUUUGUUAGUCACAGCUUUCCCUCCAUGUGGGAAACAAAGCCUGGCGCGCCGGAGAGCCGCCCCAAACCCUGUGUUGGGCGGGAGCCUCCAGAUGAGGACCCAGAACGAGGAACGCAGCGGGUAGCUGUAAACACAUGCGUGAUGCCCUGAGACCGGGGAGCUGGAGGAGGGACCCGGUGACGGAUGCAGGCGCGUCCAGAGGCAGGAGACCAGAGGAAGCCCCAGGGAGGUGUGGGGCGGGGCCCUUUCCCUGCAACCCUGGGGGGCGCCUUCCCUGCACGAACGGCCCCCUGUGGGCAGAGCUCACCGUGCUCGGGGUCCUGUUCUAGAAAAGGACCACCUGUGCCAUCCAGUGGCCGUCGCCUGGGUAGCACGUCGUGUGCGUCCACAUGCGGGGCUUGAACUGCCCACGGUGGGCAAGGCAGGAUCACCCCCCCCCCAAAAAAGUGUGCGCUUCAUCGCGCACGUGGCUGUGGGCCAAGCUCUUUGGGUGUCAAUUUCUCCGUUUGUAAAAUGUGGACAAAAUUGGGACACUCGGCCCCGGUGCCCUAGUUGGAUGACCCGAGUGAGGGGCUUUGCACGGGCCCUGGCCUGGGCCACGCGAGACGUCUCAUGCCUGGAUUCCUGGCUCCCCGCGAUGGGCAGGGGAUGUUUGCCAUGUGUGGCCAGGGCCCAGGGCCAUGAAGCAGAGAAUCCCAGAGGGUUCCUUGCAGGUUGGUGGAAUCCUGUGCUUUGCACGGUGAGAAUUCUGUUCCACAACGUCGUGGCCGCCGAGGCCUCCCCUCAGUGUGACCGGCGGCCUGCGUCAGGAAGAAGUGGCGCUGGGCUUCCGCUGUGUUUUAAGAGUGGAGAGCCCCACUAGCCUUUGACAACGUGCUGGGCAGGCCGUUCGGGUCUUCUGGCACCAGUUUCUCUGUCAGGUACAUCGGAAGCGAAGCCGGGAAAUUUAGGGAGCUUUGUUUGAAGAAAAUGACAAGCUCUUUUGAAGUUGUCUGCUUUGCACAGGAGCCCUCGGGAGAGGUGGACGGGCCUUGUGUGGGGGAUUCCUGUGUCAGACUCGCGUCUGGGGUGCUCGGCCUGCAACCGGGGGGCCAGGAGCUGAGCCCCCCAAACGGGCUGCUUUUACUGACAGCGUCUGUAGGGCACCUGCUGGGCCCUGAGGGUGGUGUCGGGCCCCCCGAGGGCGGGAGCUCGCUGGGCUCAGUUAAGACGGCUCUGAUGGCUGGUCUGCGCCGAGUUCGGGGAAGGGUAAGGCUGAAGCCUGGGGCUGACUGCAGGCGGAGGGGGCCUGUGGGCCGUGGUCCCACUGUCAGUGUCUGCCUCCUGCCUUCUUCUGGGGAAGGACUUCAGGUCCCGAGGGGCCUGCCUGCUCUCGUGGGCCUCGCUUCCCCUGCUCGGCCUCUCUCUCCACGACCCUCUAGAACGUAGAGGCUGGUGCUCUCCAGUCUUGAGGGUGGCACCUAAAACAGGUGGCUGUGGUUCCUCCGGGUGGAAUCCUGCCGCAAGGCGCAGCAGGUUGCUAACUGCCCCGAGCCCCCCGGCGCCCUCGUCUCGCUGGAGGGCACGUGGUGCUUACACCCCGGCGGGGCUCGGAGUGGCGGGCACCCUGCGGGGCUCUGCCCGCCUUGAGGGUGGUCGGGAGCCUGGAGACCCCAGGGCUCCCUGCCUCAGCCUCGUCUCUUCACCUGCCCCCUGGGAGCAGAGCUCUGCCCAGCGUGUGAAUGUCCUAUUCAAAGACCACCUUCUGGGUCACAGUAGGAAGGGGCGGGUUGUUUCAGAACCGAGUGAGGUCUCCAGUGUCCUGGCAGGACGGGUGUCCCUGGAGUUGGUGCCCGGGUCUAGCAAGGGCAGAAGAUGGGGUGGACUCAGAAACGGGCCAUGAGGUUCCUGCCCAGAGAAACGGCGCGCACAGCGCAACGGGCGCUCCCCGGCUGCCCGGGCUGGGGAAGAGCUGGAGCAGGCGAAAAUCGCUCUUAGGUCUCGCACUGACCUCCAGUCCUCCUGUCAGCACCCAGCAAGACACCUCAGCACGUCCUGGCGAGGCUCUUGUUACAGAGGACCCAAAGACUUUGCAUCUGUUCCCGUAAACGCGGCUCUGAGGCUCACUUCAGAAAGAAGUGCGAACCUAGCUCCACCUGAGAAUGGGUUCUCCGCUUCCCAGCUGCCACGGAGGUAGUGUGUGUGGUUGCCUCGUGUGUGUGUGUGACACAAACCACAGGGGAACACUAGAGCAGCCCUUGGGGUUCCUGGGCCAGCGGAGGACAGGCGGUGCUGAGCUGCGUGGGGCCAGGUCGUCCGGUCUGUCUGUGAAUAAAGGGCUGUUGCUCCA